AUGGAGGAACGUAAGCGAGUUAAAGUGACGUGGAGCGAUGACUUAAGUCACAAUUCUGAAGAGGAAAGAGAGCGCGAACGUCAGGCACAGCUCGAGCGUGAGCUAGCGCAGCUUCCAGUCAAGCCAGUUUACGAGCCAGAAGAACUUCAGAAUCUGGUCUCCUACAUAAUGGAUAUAACCACACUCUAUGAUCUACGCGAUGAAGACUGGAACGAUGAAACGAAAGCGGGUAUAGAAGACUGGAUCACAGAACCACGAGCUCUUAUUUUAUGCAUCUACUUCAAAGGAGACAAACUAAAAGCCGCGUCUGAUAUUCCUCUGUCCCCUGUCUAUGAUCUGAUGUAUUUUAUAAGACAACCUGACUUCGUUUUCAAGGCUGAAACGUUUCAUGAUGAUAUCGUUUUCGGCACGUUUGUCGAUUCCGUGGAAUCGAAUAUGAUUAAGAUAUUGGAGUGCGUGUACGCUCCAUACUUCUUUGCAAUUAGAACUUGGCCAGAUAGUGUCAAAAGUGAGUUCUGCUCCCAACUACACACAUUUCUGGCUAAGCUAACUGACAUGUACUAUAAAAUGCUUGGACUUACCGUCUUAUACAUACCUCGAGAGGGUCAAGACCUCUCCUUUGAGAAAGCAAGCGCUGACAGAGAACUGGUGAAGCGGCUGGAAGGUGUAGUGGUAUAUUGGACACACCAGAUAAAAUCCUGCAUCGAAGAUCAGUCUUCGGUUGCUUCACAAAAAGAGCUCUUAUGUCCAAGUGAUGAGUACGACUUUUGGGUGUACCGACAUGAGAACCUAAGUGCUCUUCUCUAUCAAUUACGUAACCCAGCAGUAAAGCAUAUCACGAAAAUAUUAGUAACAACGCAUUCCACUUUCAUUCAUCAAUUUCAAGCGCUCUGUGAUGAAAUUAACCAGAAGAUUAAAGAAGCUACAUCCAAUAUAGAAUUCCUUCAAGUCAUUAAACAGCCCUGUGCUAUACUGGAAUGUGUUGAAGACCCGGAUGAAAUAUGCAAUCACAUUCCGCAGAUCAUUAACUUAUUUCGAGUUAUCUGGAUGGAGUCCCCAUACUACAAUAGCGAAACGCGUAUAACAAAUCUGUUUAAAGCCUUGAGCAAUCAAAUUAUAAUUCUCUGUCGGAACUAUAUAAAACUAGAGGAUCUCUUUGAUGGACAAACCAAAAAAGCCCUGGGCGAAUUCAGCAAGUGUAUAGAUUGCUGUAAAAGAUACAGGGAGAUAUAUGACCUGAUGGCGGAAGCUCAUAGCGAAGUAAAUCCUGGAACUUGGGAGUUGGAUACUGGCUCGAUAUUUAAUUAUAUCGAUUCCUUUGUGCAGCGAUGUUUCGACAUGCUGGAUGUUUGUAACUGCAUGAUAAUAUUUGGAAGGAUUGAUGAACUAGAAGUUAUUCAUAAGCCAAUGUUUGCCGGUGCUCGUGGGGAUCAAUUUGAAGCAAAAUGCGAUCAAAUAGAACACAUGUUCCAUGACGCAUUGGAUCAAGUUAGAGCGGUUGCUGAUACCAUUUUAGAUGUUCAGGCACCUUCGUGGUAUGACGACGUUCUUCAGUUCAGAACUGUUAUUAAAGACAUUGAGAUCAUUAUAGAAAAUCUAGUAGAAACAGUGUUUGAAGGUGUGAAUCAUGUCGAAGAAGCUGUUGUCGCCCUAUAUUCGCUACAUAAUUAUUCGAAGCGUAAAAGCCUGAGACGUAUCUUCAAGAGAAAGACUGCUGAAGUCUGGGCCAUGUUCAGCGACGAAGUACAAGAAGCUAAGAAGGAUAUGGUAUCAGCUCGCGGCCAGUAUCCGUCCGACUUGCCCUCGUUUUCUGGCAGAGCAGUUGUACUUCGUAUGAGGAAGAAUAGACUAGCGUAUUUGAAGAAGGUAAUGACGGACGCUUCAGUUUGGUUGAUGGCGUGCAGCAACUCUGAAGAUGUGAUCAUGCACGUCAAUAGACUCAUGGGUGCUAUUGACGUCGCAAUCAGAGAAUUGUGGAUAUCCUGGACGCAUAACUUGGAUGAAAAGUGCGGAGCAGGUCUGAACAAGACACUAAUGAGGAAAAGCGCUGAAAAUCCUGGACUUCUAGAAUGCAAUAUAGAUGUGAACAUUCUGGAACUGUGUAAAGAAGCACAUCAUUGGGAGAACUUGAAGUUGGAUAUCCCAUUGCAUGCUUAUGCUGUAUACAAUAAGAGCAAGACAGUAUUUUACGUGUACGAGAGUGUGCUAGCCGUAGUCAAGGGAUACAACAAGAUUUUAGACUCUUUAUCUGAAGAUGAACGCCUGCUGUUCAAGCCACUGACCACGGCAUGUGAGAAAAAGGUUCAACCAGGAAUUUUCAAGCUAACUUGGACCUCUACAAUGUCUGAUGCUUAUAUUGCCGAUUGUGUUACACAGAUUGGUGAACUUCAAGACUUUUUAACCACUUACAAAAACUGCAAUCUUAACUUAGUCAAAAUAAUGGAGCAAAUUUGUGAUACACCUCUUAUUGAAUUUGAUAUUUAUAAUGUAUUUGAAAUUCAAGUUCUUCGAGAAACGAUUCGAAAAAUGGAAACAGAAGCAGCAACUAAAAUAUUGGACAUGUAUAAAGAAAUAAUAAUUUAUAUAAUUAUUGUUUAUGAGGGUUUCGAAGCUUAUAUAGGACAGAUGGCGGAGCAUUGGGUUAAAUAUGUAAGGCGAUUUGAUCGCUUGAUGGAAGAUGCUUUGAGAUUAGCCAUCAAAGCCACAAUGCAAAAUAUGUACAAAUGCGUUCAUGGUGACGGUACCAUGGCUCCAUCACCGCUAAUAAAAAUGCAAUUGUAUUUAUCUGGUAAAAAUAUUGUUUACUUGCCAAGCCGAACUGAAAUAGUUGACUCUUUUACCACUGUUUUAGAAGAAAUCGUACAUAUUUUAAGUACAGUACCUAGAUUAUUUGAAAAAUUUGGUUUACCGGCUGGUGGUCUAAAAAAAUUCAACGAAGUAAUUAAAACUGAUGCCGAUACAAACAAGCUGCAAUCACUUAUUGAUACCGAAAUUGAAUACAACUUAACGCUAAUAAAUGACCAUAUUCGUAUGUGGGAUCCAUACUCCCAUAUUUGGAAAGUGGAUAAGGACGAGUUUAUGAUCAAAUACCGCGAGGAGCGACAUAAGGCUUCUGAUUUCGAUGAACUGAUAAUUAAUUAUAGCAACUUGGCGAACGCUGUGCAAAUUCAAGAGACAAUAAAUCAGAUACAUUUCAUCACGCUGAAUUCGAGUGAAUUGAAGAAGUCAAUAAUAGCGCAUUGUUUGGUUUGGCAAACUAAACUCGGCGAGCUUUUGAGAGUAAUCACCGAGGCUGACAUCGACGUUGUAUACGCGUACAUAGAAAAAAGCAGUGUAGAAGCUAUGACUAUGCCAGCUGAUUUGCAAGAGCUUGCUAGUGCAAUUGCUACGUAUGAGCGUUUACUGUCUGAAAUAGUUCCAUUUGAAAAAACAUUUCCACCAAUAACAGAUCAAAUGAUGACACUGGCCAAAUUUGAAGUUGAAGUGAGUUCAGAUAUGAUGACUCGUCACGAGAAUAUUCCAGUUGUUUGGGCGGAAUAUUUGAAUCUAUUGGAAGAAGCAAAGAAAGCGUUAGAAAUGAACAAGGAUAAAUUUAAAGCUGAGUUACUAGAACAAGCCGAAGUGUUCAAAGAAGCUGCAAAAGACUUUUGCGAAGAUUUCUAUAAAACUGCGCCUUGUAGUUCAGAUAUAAGCGGAAAAGAUGCUAUGGCACAGUUGAAGGCAUACAGAGAACAACUAAAUGCACUAAGAGCCCAAGAACAGCAAAUAAGAGAUGGACUUGCUGUCUUUAAUCUAACGACGCCAGUGAAUCUGGAUCUGCAAAGGAUGGAGAAAGAAUUGGAGAAAUUGGAAGAAGUAUGGGGAUUAGUUUUCCAAUGGGAGGAAUCGUGGGAGAAAUAUAAAACGCAAACGUUUUGGGAAAUGGAAACGGAUGAAAUGGAAGACAAUGUUAUGUACCUUUUUAGGAAUUUCAAUCGUCUUUCUCGUCAACUAAAAGAUAAAGGUUGGGAUAUUAUUGAUACCACACGUGUCAAAGUAGACGCUUUCCGGAGAACCUUGCCACUGAUUGGUGAUUUGAAAAAUCCAUGUAUGAGAGAACGACAUUGGGAUAGAAUUAAAACGCUUAUGGGCGUAGAAUUCGAUCAAAAUUCGGAAGAUUUUAAGUUAGAGUUGAUUAUGCGACUUAACUUUCAAGCGUAUGCUGAAGAUAUAGCUGAAAUAUCUAAUGCAGCUACAAUGGAACUUAAUAUUGAAAACGGUCUCAAAGCUAUUCGUGAGGUUUGGAAAAACACAACCUAUGAAAUGCAACAUCAUCGAGGUGAAAUGUAUAAAAUAAAAAAUGUUGAAGAUGUUAUGCAGUUCCUGGAAGACCAUCAAGUGCAACUGUCUUCAAUGAAAUCGACGAAAUACGUCGAGCCUUUUAUAAAAGAGGUUGAUUAUUGGGAGAAGUCGUUAGGAUAUGUAGCUGAAUGCAUAGAGAUCUCACUUCAAGUACAAAGACGUUAUCUCUAUCUCGAAAGUAUAUUCAGCGGGGAGGAUAUUCGAAAGCAAUUACCGAAUGAAGUUAAGAUUUUUGAUGCGCUUUGCAAUGACUGGACGGAAAUAACUAGCAAUAUGUACGCUGGAACAAAUGCAGUUGAAGCUUGCCUAUAUAAACCAGCCCCUUACUUAUUCAAUAAACUUAACACAAUGGUAGAUAACUUGGAUGGAAUAUUACGUGCCCUAGAAAAAUAUUUAGAAACCAAAAGACAACUCUUUCCAAGAUUUUACUUUAUAUCCAAUGACGAUUUGCUGGAAAUAUUGGGAAAUUCAAAAAAGCCGCAAUUGAUACAAGUUCAUUUGAAGAAACUUUUUGAUAACGUCAACAAAAUUAGGAUUGAUAAGAACGCUCUGGGUCUACCCGUAGCGAAAGCUAUGAUGUCUGACGAUGGUGAAUGCAUCGAGUGGAAAUAUAACUUGGUGCUGGAUGGGCCAGCUGAAGUGUGGUUACUUGGGCUAGAGAAUACUAUGAGAGUUGUGUUACGAGAGCAAUUGAUUUUAACAAGAGCUGCCUUGAGAAAGUGUCGCUAUCAACGAGAGCAAUGGAUCAACGAUUGGCCUGGACAGCUUGGAAUUACAUGCAGUAAGAUACAAUGGACAUCAGACUGCACUCGCACCUUGUGUCGGUGCGAAAUAAUGAAGGAGAAAAAACCUCUCAAAAAACUGCGCAAAAAGCAGAAUCAAAUCCUUAGCACGCUACAGUACAUGUCAAGGAAGGAGAUUAGUAAGAUUCUUAGGUGUAAAGUUAACGCGUUGUGCGUGAUUGAAAUACAUUCAAGGGACACUGUUGAUAGGAUGUAUAAAAUGGGCUGUAUGACAGUAACAGCAUUUGAAUGGUUUUCUCAACUGAAAUUCUACUGGGAUCGUGAGCGUGAGGAUUGUUACAUUAGACAGACAAACACUAACUCUAUUUAUACUUAUGAGUAUAUUGGCAAUUCUGGAAGACUGGUUAUCACACCUUUAACGGAUAGGUGUUACAUAACGCUAACAACCGCGUUGCACCUGUUCCGCGGGGGCAGUCCCCAGGGCCCCGCGGGGACGGGCAAGACGGAGACCACCAAGGACCUGGGCAGGGCUCUAGCUCGAUGGGUGGUGGUCACCAAUUGCUCUGAUGGCCUUGAUUAUAAGUCGAUGGCUAAAUGCUUUGCAGGUAUAGCCCAAAGCGGUUGCUGGGGCUGCUUCGACGAGUUCAACCGCAUCAACAUCGAAGUCCUAUCAGUAGUGGCUCAGCAGAUACUGGCUGUGUUACUGGCUUUAUCCCUGUUUCUCAAGAGAUUCGUCUUUGAAGGCUGCGAGAUUAAGCUUGAUGGCAACUGUGGGAUAUUUAUUACUAUGAACCCGGGUUACGCGGGUCGAACAGAACUACCCGACAAUUUGAAGUCAAUGUUCCGUCCGAUUGCCAUGUGCGUUCCCGACUCACUAAUCAUUGCUGAAAACACGCUGUUUUCUGAUGGAUUCACGGCGUAUAAAAUUAAUGCUAAGAAGGUGUUCACUCUAUACCAGUUGGCUAUGCAGCAGCUAUCAAAACAGGACCACUACGACUUUGGUCUACGGUCCAUGGUUGCGUUAUUACGGUAUGCGGGCGUGAAACGACGGGCUUAUCCGAAUUUGCCGGAACAAGAGAUGGUAAUCCUAGCGAUGCGUGAUAUGAACGUGGCCCGUUUGACCGCCAAAGAUGUGCCACUCUUCGACGGCAUCAUGCAAGACAUAUUCCCAGAUGUUGUUGUGCCGACUUUGGAUUAUGAGAUGCUGGAAACGGCUAUAUCCGCAGAGAUGAGGCUGGCUGGCUUACAGCCUGUUAGAGCGGCGUUACAUAAGGUCAUACAGACCUUUGAAACAAAGAACUCCCGCCAUUCGAGUAUCCUCCUCGGUGACACGAACACAGCCAAGACUGUAUCUUGGAAGAUGCUUGCUGCAACUCUAAGUAGACUGAAACGGGAAAAGGUACCGGGCUUCGAGAAUGUACAAGUAAACCCGAUGAAUCCGAAGGCUUUGACCCUGGGGGAACUGUAUGGGGAGUAUAAUUUGGCCACGGGGGAGUGGAAGGAUGGUGUCCUGUCGUCUAUUAUGAGGACUACGUGUCAAGACGAAUCGCCCGAUCAAAAGUGGAUAAUUUUCGACGGUCCCGUGGAUGCUAUUUGGAUUGAAAACCUCAAUUCUGUAAUGGAUGACAAUAAAUUACUAACGCUUGUCAAUAGUGAGAGGAUUUCUAUGCCGCCUCAGGUGUCUCUAUUAAUAGAAACUCUAGAUUUAGCCGUGGCCUCUCCAGCCACAGUAUCUAGAAAUGGCAUGGUGUACAACGACUAUAAAGAUUGGGGUUGGUGGCCGUACGUCAACUCGUGGUUGGAUACCGUUGAUGACGUGGAGUAUAGGGAGAUGCUCCGACGGCACUUCCUGAACAUCCUGACUCCAGUGCUGGAGCUGAAGCGUGUCCACCUGGUGGAAGGUCAGAGUGUGCGGGGACAGGAGCUAACGGGUGUUCGGUGCUUGUGCCGGCUGCUGGGGCUGCUGCCCGCCCCAGCACCACCGCAGCCUGAUGAAGAGGAUAAUGAGGCGCUGUCCAAGAUGAGGUUUUUGUUCGCCAUGAUUUGGUCAGUCUGUGCAACCCUUGAAGAGGAAUCACGACGCAAACUCGACAACUGGGUCCGCGAGCACGAAGGCGUGUUUCCGCUCAAAGACACGGUAUACGACUACUAUGUGGACGAGAGAUUACGGCAGUUUAAACCGUGGGAAGAUAAACUGCCGGAUAACUGGCGGUUUAAUCCUAGCCUAGGUUUCCACAACAUCCUAGUACCCACGGUAGAAUUCAUCCGUCUACAAAUAAUCGCGCUAGACAUGCUGAAGGCCGGGCACGGCGUGCUGGUGGGGGGCGGGACGGGCACCGGGAAGACUUUCCUUAUUCAGGGCACGUUGGCGCAGCUUGAUGGAUCCAAGUACAGCACACAAGUCAUUAACAUGUCGGCUCAAACGACGGCUGCUAAUGUUCAAGAUAUCAUUGAAGCUAGACUGGAAAAGCGGACAAAAGGAAAUUACGUUCCUGCUGGAGGCAAGAAGAUGAUAGCGUUCAUGGACGACAUCAACAUGCCGGUGCGCGACGAGUACGGCUCGCAGCCGCCGCUCGAGCUCGUGCGGCUCUGGCACGACUACGGGUAUUGGUUCGACCGCCAGAAGCAGUGGCGGAAGAAUGUCAAGGACAUGGUACUAUGCGGCGCGGCGGGUCCCCCCGGCGGGGCCCGGUCGCCCCUCCCCGCGCGACUGCUGUCUUGCUUCCACGCACUGUUCCUACCGCCCCCCACACACCAGCAGCUGGUCAAGAUAUUUGGCACUAUGCUGUCGCAGCACUUGCACGACUUUGAUGAGGAGACUAAGACUAUUGGAAAAAUAGUACUAAUCGCAACUAUAGACAUGUUCAACAACAUUGUCGCUAAGUUGUUGCCGACACCGAGUAAGAUGCACUAUCUCUUCAAUUUGAGAGAUAUAUCCAAGAUUUUUCAGGGAUUGCUAAGAAGUAAUAAGGAUUAUCAAAAUACAAAACCUCGUUUCCUACGUCUCUGGGUUUGUGAAUGCUUUAGAGUGUUCUCCGAUCGACUCACUGAGGAAAAAGACCGCGACUGGUUCAUGGGGCAGAUGGGCGACAUGUUGGGCAAGCACUUUGAGCUGACGUUCCACGCACUUUGCCCCACCAAGAGUGCCCCCAUUUUUGGACAUUUCCUCAACCCGUUUGAGGUGUACGAUGAUCUGAAUGAUCCGAAUGCUCUUCGGAGGUACAUAUCCAACCAGAUGGAAGAAUACAACAGCUGUCCAGGUGUUGUCAAAAUGGAUUUAGUUCUUUUUAAAGAUGCAAUAGAGCACAUAGUGCGAAUCGUACGUGUGGUAUCGCAGCCGCGUGGGCACAUGCUGUGUGUGGGCAUCGGGGGUUCCGGACGGCAGAGUUUGACUCGUGUCGCGUCAUACAUUUGCGAGUGCAACUCGUUCCAAGUUGUUGUUACUAAAACGUAUGGCGUUAAAGACUUCAGGGAGGAUUUGAAGGUAUUAUACACCAGCUGUGGCGUCGAUUGCAAGAAAACGACGUUCAUUUUCUGCGACACGCAAAUUGUAGAAGAGACAUUCACAGAGAUUAUAAACAACUUGUUGAGCAGCGGCGAAGUUACCAACUUGUAUAAGCCGGAUGAGUUUGAAGAUAUAAAACAAGCUCUAGAGAAGCCAAUGAAGAAUGCGAAUCUACUACAAACAGCAGAGUCGGUGUAUCUAUUCCUUGUGGACCGCGUGCGGACUAACAUGCACAUUGUGCUGUGCUUUAGUCCUAUUGGAGAUGAGUUCAGAAACCGCAUCCGCCAAUAUCCAGCUCUAAUAAACGCAACAACAACAAAUUGGUUUCUGGAAUGGCCGCGAGAGGCGCUGCUCGAAGUGGCCUACAAGUUCCUGGAUGGGGUGGAAUUGCUGGCUUCUAUCACUGGACCUAGGGUCCGUCGCAAAGAAUCUCUAGUUGAAUCUCGCGAGGACAUACUCCGCGCGUCCGUAGCGUCCAUAAUGUCGCUCAUUCACUCUUCUGUAGGAAGAUAUUCUGUGCGAAUGUGGCAAGAGAUGAGACGCACUAAUUAUGUUACACCUACCAAUUAUUUGGAGCUAGUUUCGGGGUAUAAGGAAAUGCUCAAAGCAAAGCGUAUAGAAGUAGCAUUACAAGCGAAUAAGCUGCGAAAUGGUUUGGGCAAGGUGGAGGAGACGACUAAACUUGUUGGGCAGAUGUCUGAAGAAUUGGCUGUAGCGCAGGUGCAAGUAGCCGAGUACACGGAGCAAUGUAUCGAAUACAUGGGCGUGAUCAACGUGCAGCAACGCAAUGCAGACGAACAGCAGCGUUCUGUAGCUGCUCGCAGCAAGAAGACCAUGGAAGAGGAGGUGCAGUGCAAGAAGCUGGCUGAUGCUGCCAUGAGAGACCUGGCCAGUGCCAUGCCUGCGUUGGAGGAGGCUGUUAAGGCGCUCGAUGCAUUAAAUAAGAAAGAUAUUACUGAAGUGAAAUCGUAUGCGAAGCCUCCUCAGAAAGUCGAAAUGGUUUUGGAAGCAGUGCUCAUACUCUUACAGAAAGAACCUACCUGGGCUGAAGCGAAACGCCAGCUCGGUGACCAGUACUUUCUGGACCGUUUGCGCGAGUUUGACAAGGACAAUAUAGCGGACAAAACUUUAAAAAAGAUCGGUACUUAUACCGCGAAGCCGGAUUUCGACCCGGAGAUUGUGGGUACAGUGUCGUUAGCGGCCAAGUCGCUGUGUCUCUGGGUACGAGCUAUCGAGAAGUAUGGGAAGGUGUACAAGAUAGUGAAACCCAAAAAAGAGCGUCUGGAAGAAGCGCUCGAGUCUCUCCGCAUGAAGCAGCAGAUACUAGCAGAAGCUCGAGCGAAGUUGCGCGAGCUGAGCGAAAUGAUCGCUCGUCUGCAGAAGGAGUAUGAUGAGAAGGUGGCUCAGAAGGAGGAACUUGAGCGGAAGUCGAGGUUGUUGCAGUUGAAACUGGAAAGGGCGGAGGCCCUCAUCACGGGGCUGUCAGGCGAGAGAGAGCGUUGGGAGUUAACAGUAGAAAGAUUGGACAAGGAGUUUGACAAUCUUCCCGGGGACUGUCUCAUUGCGACCGGAUUUGUCGCCUAUUUGGGACCCUUCGUGUCGGAGUACCGAGAGGCACUUAUGUAUGAUUGGUUUAGUGAGGUUUACAAUGAAGGUGUACCAUGUACUAUGGAUCUCAGUAUGAAAAAUUUCCUCCUCGAUGAUGCUACGUUGCGCGAUUGGAAUUAUAUGGGACUGCCUGAUGACAACUUCAGCGCCGAAAACGGUAUAAUAGUGGUGCGAGCUACAAGAUGGCCGUUAGCCGUCGACCCGCAGGGACAGGCGCUUAUUUGGAUAUCGCGACUUGAAGAGAAGAAUGAUAUACAGAUUGUCGACUUCGGCCAACCGAAUUACCUAAAAAUAAUGGAGACAUGUCUCACCGACGGCAAGCCGGUGAUAGUACAGAAUGUGGGAGAAGUUCUAGAUCCUUCUAUCGCACCGAUACUAGAUAAGGCGAUUGUUAAGAUUGGCACGGCCUUGGUAAUCAAGUUUAAUGAAAAGAUGGUGCCUUAUAAUACUGCCUUUAAGAUGUAUUUGACUACUAAGCUUGGCAACCCAGUAUACACACCAGAAACACUAACAAAGACGACAAUGGUGAACUUUGCGGUAAAGGAACAAGGUCUGACGUCACAAUUGCUCGGUAUCGUAGUUCGCAAGGAGCGGCCGCAACUUGAGCUGAUGAAGGAUAACCUGGUUAUGACGAUUGCGCAUAAUAAGAAAGUUCUGGUGGACCUAGAAAACGAUUUAUUACGCAUAAUGUACGAAUCUCAAGUACCCUUACUAGAGAACGAGGAACUAUUCGUGACGCUGCAAACUUCGCAACGCACGUCUCUAGAGGUUAAAGAAGCUCUCAUAACUUCGCAAGUUACUGAAAAAGAGAUUGACACUGCAAGACAGGGCUACGUCCCCGUUGCUGUGCGAGCGUCAGUACUGUUUUUUGCCCUGAAUGACCUAUCCCGGAUCGACCCAAUGUACCAAUUUUCACUGGACGCAUAUACAGACCUCUUCACGUAUUCUAUCGACCGCAGUCCGAAAGGCGGGGAAUUGGAGGACAGGAUCAAUAAUCUGAACGAGUUUCAUACGUUCGCUGUUUAUAAAAACACAUGUCGCGCACUAUUUGAACGUCACAAGCUACUCCUCUCGUUCCACAUGGUCUCCCGGAUCCUGUUCCAAAUGGGGAAGAUGAGCAUGCACGAGUAUCUGUUCCUACUCAAGGGUGGGGUGGUUUUGGAUCGAUCUGAACAACCGGACAAUCCUACAAAUUGGAUGCCAGAUAACUGUUGGGAUAAUGUGACCGAGUUAGACAAGUUACCGGGUUUCCACGGUGUUAUUGACGCCUUCGAAACUUUCUCUAAGGAAUGGCGUGAUUGGUACCUACACCCUGAACCUGAGACACAACCGUUAGUCGGCGAAUGGAACGAUGUAUGCAACGAGUUCCAGCGUAUCUUAUUUGUGCGUUCACUACGCGCAGACCGCGUAUCUGCCUGUAUCUCCACUUUUAUUGUCAACACUCUUGGCCCACGCUACGUCGAGCCGCCCGUGCUUGACAUCAAGGCGGCAUGGGAAGAAUCCACGUGGAAGACGUCGCUCCUGUUUGUGUUGUCGCCGGGAGUCGAUCCCACGGCCUCCCUCAUACAGUUGGCGCAAGAUGUCAAGAUGUUCGACAAGUUCCAGUCGCUCAGCUUAGGGCAGGGACAGGCGCCUACAGCUGCGAAGAUGUUAUCGCACGGCAUGAAGGAGGGCGGGUGGGUGUUUCUCGCGAACUGCCACCUGGCCUGCGCCUGGCUCGGCUCGCUGCGGGGGCUGGACAACCCGCGCAUACAUCCGAGAUUCCGGCUCUGGCUGUCUUCCAUGCCUGAUGAUAAGUUCCCGUUAGCAGUGCUGCAGCGUAGCAUUAAGAUGACCACUGAACCACCCCAGGGUUUGAAAGGCAACCUAGUUCGAAUAUUCUCGAACAUAAGCGAAGAGAAGUUUGACGAAGCGACACCAAAGUACCGAAGAUUAUUGUUCUGCGUAUCUUUCUUCCAUUGCACGCUGAUUGCGCGCAAGCGGUUCAGACAGCUUGGCUAUAAUGCUGUGUAUAGCUUUAAUGACUCGGAUUUUGACGUAUCGGACAAUCUCCUAGCCAAUUACCUAGAAGAGUACGAGGAGGUCCCUUGGGACGCGCUGCGUUACUUAUUCGCUAUCAUCAACUAUGGCGGCCAUAUUACUGACGAUUGGGACAAGAGAGUACUCAUAGCGUAUAUCAAUCAGUUCUUCUGUGAGGACGCGCUUGAGACGCCUUUUUAUAGACUAUCAAGCAUCCCGGCAUACCACAUCCCGCGGGACGGCAGCCUGGAGUCGUACCGCGACUUCCUGGACCUGCUGCCGCCGCAGGAACGCGCUGAGUCGGUCGGACAACAUGCCUCCGCUGAUGUCGCUACACAAGCACAGGAUGCACUCAUUAUGUGUUCAACCCUGUUUGCUCUCGCCUCGACUGGUGGAGGCGGUGGAGGGGGAGGGGAGGAUCAAAAGGUGGACGAACUAGCAGCAGAAAUGCUAGUGAAACUACCGUCUAAAAUAGACGUGGAGACCACAGAGCGUAUGAUGGGCCCCGAGAUCGUGAUGCCCAUGUGUGUGUCUCUAUUGCAAGAGAUUGGGUACUACAAUGUGCUGAUAUCUGGUAUUACGAGUGGUUUGAAGGAAUUACGUCGUGCCAUCGAAGGGCUGGUGGUGAUGUCAGAAAUGCUAGAGAUCAUGUACACGUGUAUAUUUGAGGGAAGGGUGCCGGCCUUCUGGCAGAAAGCGCGUCCAUCGAUGAAGCCGCUGGGCUCGUGGUGCCGCGAGCUGUGGCUGCGCGGGCUGCACCUGGGCGGCUGGGCCGGCGCACCCCGCGCGCCGCCCACGCUGUGCUGGCUGCCCGCGCUCGUGGCGCCCACCGGCUUCCUCACCGCCGUCAUGCAGACGACAGCGCGCGGCGAGGGCUGGCCCAUCGACACGCUGUGCUGGGAGUUCACGGUGAUGCCGCUAGAGGAGACCGCCUUCGUGCGACCGCCCAGAGACGGAGGGGUGUAUAUACGAGGGCUAUACCUAGAGGGCGCGAGUUGGAACAAGAAGGAGGGCUACUUGCAAGAGCCGCUGCCGAUGCAACUCGUGUUCCCAGUGUCACCGAUACACUUCAAGCCGGUUAGAAGUACGGGGCGGAGGUUGAAGAAUCGCUACGUGUGUCCAACAUAUUAUUAUCCAAAGCGAAUGGGAGCAUUCGUCGUGGCCGUAGACUUACAUUCGGGGAAGGAAUCUCCGGACUUUUGGGUGAAGCGUGGCACUGCACUACUCUGCACUUUGGCUACUUAGUGUUUAGUGUUAUUUUUA